CAUAAAAAUUGGAUCGUAUUAUUCCCUUAAGUUUUAGCAUUCUUGCAUUACGCACUUGCAAGCAAUGGUAUUCAAAACUUAAGACUCCAUUUAACACGUCCAUGGAUAAAAUCGUUGGUGAGAUAGAUUGCAGGUAUAGAUUGUAUUCAAUCUUGAUGAACCACCUGAGAUCCGCCAUGUUCAAUGCACAAGAGAAGGCCCAGGAUAGAGCCACAACUCAAAUCGAGUGCUUGAACGAGAAAUCCAAGUUUUACGAUCUUGGUAUCAUCCAAAUCGAUGUCAGUUUUAAACUGAUAAAAGAACAAGAACAAGAAGAUCAAAUCCCAGAAACCAAUCAAAAAAAGAUCCUUACAGAUCUCAUCGAGCUCAAAGAUCUGUUUCUUAGUCGUCUUAACGAUACGAAAUGUUCCAUAAUCCAAAAAGAUAAAGAUAAGAUAAUGAUGGAACAAAUGAGCUCAGACCUCGACAUGUUGAAAACAACACUCCACCGUGCAUUUAAACAAAUCCAGAAGUCUGAAGUUGACCCUUUGGAGAAACAAUGGAGAUUAUUGAUCGAGAAAGAAACAAUUUUGAUAGCCAUCAAAGGGUAUCUCCAUGAUAUUAAUGUAAAAUUGAAAUCAUCGAUCAAAUUCCCGGUUUCCAAGAACCAGAAGCCGAAUAAGAUUGAUGGUGUCGGGAAGAAAGACGUGAUCAUAUCGAGACUGAUGGAAGAAAGACACGAGUCGAAGCUACAAACAAUGGCGAUUGAUGAACACUACAUGGUUCUUGUAAACGAAUGCUGUGAUGAGUUUUUGUGUUAUGAAAUCGAGACAAAAGUUAAGGAAGACAUGUUUGUAUAUAUUUUACACGAAGUUACAAAGGAUUGGACCGAGUAUCAGGAAAAUGAAAGCAUCAAAACGCAAUUGAAAGAUGAAAUAUAUGAAACUGUUUUUCUCGAGACCAUAAACGAUAUACGGAUCAAAUUAGAUUUCGAGUUGCAGAAGAUUCAAAACAAGAUUAACAAGUGUUGUAUACAAAACGCAAUCAGGUUGGAACACAUUAAGCAACAAGUCAAAUCGAUCUUGGGGCCGGUGGCCUCGAUCAAAAAAGAAGAGUUGGUAUACAAGAAGGCCUUUGCGAGAAGAUGUCAAAAUCUUUUAUUAGCCGAAACCGAGGUCGAUUUAUUAGGAGAUCAAGUUGAGGCACUUCAAGACCUACUUGGAAAGAUUUACUAUGUAUUGGUGAAAAAUUCUUCGGUUUUGUCGUAUAAUUGUGAGGUUAUGGAUAUUUUGAAGUUGAUUGAAAGAAAGUUGGGUUUUUGAUAUUCGGCCCAAAUACUUUCAACUUGGACCCGGAUUUAGUUUUUUCCAAUAUUUUGAGCUUUUGUGAUUUCUAUGUUGUUUCGUCUUCAAUGUACAACGUGUAAAAUUAAAAUUGUCCGUCAAUCACGUCUUAUCAUAGGGUUAAUCGAUUAAUUUAGG